ACCAGGUCAGUUCACUAGUUCACUAGUUCCAGCGGAGCUCACUAACUAGUCCGAGACAUGGGCAGCGCGAGCACGAGCGGGAGCGGGAGCGCGUGUCCGCGGAACUUUGCGCUCUUCUGCUCGGUGGUUUGUUUGAUGAGCAGCUUCUUCUCGUCUGUUGAAAGCUAUCCAAAUCCACUGACAGAUUGUGAUGGUUAUGGAGCUUAUAUUCAGGGCUCGGCUCUGUUGAACACUCUGUGUGGAGCGCGCUGGAGGAGUCAGGAGCAGGAGCAGAUCCAGAAUGUCUUCAAGAGGUUUCUCUUUCACUAUUCUAAAGCACACGACUCCGUGGGAUCCGUCGAGAGAGAGUCUCACUCGGUUCAUCCGCUCAUGCGUCUCUCACCGAAGCUCUCUCUGCGCAGGAAGAAACAGCAGACGUCUCCUGAGACUCUCUGGGACUCCGUGACGCCUGAAGCCCGCUGAAGCUGCAUUCGUGCUGCAGAUGUUUAAUAAAUCUAACCUGAAGCUC